AUGGAGAAGAUCAAGAACGUCCUGUCUCACGGUCAGAGCAAGGAGAGUGAUGCUGCGCAAGGCCGACACGAUACCCCUACCGCUGCUGAAUUCGACCGCUCCAAGACUGGAGGCUUGACUGGCGAGGGCAGUCACCUCACAGGUGCACAUCAGUCUACUCAGGGAGCGUCGGGAGAGUACCACCCCAUUUACGACCAAUUUGCCAAAGGCGACACGCCCGGCGACUCCAAGACCACCGGCGACGCACCUCACUUUUCUAAUACCCCACACGUACCGCAAGCCACUUCCACCAGCGCAGGUGAUUCAUCAGCCCCAAGUGCCACGCCCAGUCUGCAUCCGAACCAGUAUCGGCCGGGUCCACAUGAGGACACGAGCACCGCGAGCAUCAAGUCCGGUGUCAUUGGCUUCCCGCAAGGCUCAAGUGAUACUCACGCCGCACGGCCGAAUGACAAUCUUUUCGAGCAGAAGCAACGCGAAGCAAUUGGAAGCAAUCAGCCAGGAGCAGGUGGAGACCUGUCAGGUACAAGGGCUCGUGACCAUGAAUCACACCUUGGACAAGGUGCGGCGGCUGGCACCGGUGCAUUGGGUGCAGGGGCUCUGGCAGAACAUGCCUCGCGGAGCCAUCCUGAGGAUCCAAGCUACAGUUCCGCUCGCCAACCUCCGCAUAUCAACCUCCAGAGGCAGGAGUCGGACAUACCGCCAGACUCUGGUCGGUCUUUUCCCCUUGCUGGGGGUGUUGCGCAUCAAGCUUCACAGACGGCUAAGACUACCAACGAACGGGAACCGGGUACCAAGGAGAGGGAAGCGGGACUUCACGACGGCCAGAGCCGCCAAGGUCUCGCUGGCGCUGCUGAGGCUGCAUCGGCGUCCUCGGUCAUUCCCCAGAACGAGGGAAGGAUUGAAGCGAAUCUCCAGCCUCAUUCAGUAGAGCAGCCUGUACCGGAGCAUCAUCAUGGACGAGACGCCGCGGUUGCCGGAGGCUUAGGAGCGGCCGGAGUGGGUGCUCACGAGGCAGCGAAGCGCCAUGAGGCCCAGCCAUCUCAGUUGACGAACCCCUCUCAGUCUGCAAAUCCUGAAGCACUGGCUGCUGCGAGAGCAGCAGUUGAUGAACACGGCUGGACCCAUGACCAUGCCGGACACGGCCACAAGUAUGAGGGAGACCCUUGUGAUUCUACGCCUGCAUCGCCCCAGGACGGCAAAAACAGCCUAUUGUUCACCUCAGGACCUCAUUCGACAGAUACUGCGAACAGGAUAGAUCCUAAGCUCCACAUUCCUGGAGGAUUUCCUAGCCCGACACCGCUCGAAGAGUCGAAUGCGCCUUCGUACAUCCAGAGCAAGCCGACCACGGAGACUACUCCAUCUGCCUUCGCUGCGGAGCCUGGAUUGCGCCACACGGGUUCUCUGGACGAACCACAGGCUCGCUCGGCGGAACAGCCCACAUCGGAGCAUCAUUAUGGACGAGAUGCCGCGAUUGCGGGAGGUUUGGGAGCUGCCGGCGCAGGCGCUUACGCAGCUGGAAAGCACCACCAGACAGGCUCUUCAGAUGUUGGUGACAAAUCCUUGUAUAACGAGCCCAACCCUUACACCCACACUAAGGUGGAUCCUCGAGUCGACACUGUUCCAAGGGGUGGAUUCGCGGAGCAGAGAUACGACCCCGUUGCAUCGGAGAACCGUGAUACACGCAAUGCUGCACUUACUGGCGGUGCGAUUGGAUCUUCUCAGCCGUCCACUCAGCCCUCUACCGAACAAGCAUCCAAAGGACGUGAACUGUCCAACAAGGAAUACCCCUUAGCUGGGCAAGAUGUGAAUCCCGACUCCCAGCACCACUACGGUCGCGACGCCGCCCUCGUAGGCGCAGGCGCUGCAACAACCGCAGGCCUGUACGCCAGCCAGCGAGAUGCCGAGCCGGAUUCCGGUCCCGCCUCCUCUACAGUCGGGCCCCACAAGAGCAAUGUUGUGAAUGUCCUUGACCCGCGAGUUCAGCCCGAUCCUGCUGUACAGAAGCACCAUCACGCUGCUCCGACCGUUGAGGACCCUGCACCCUCAACUGUUGGUCCUCACAAGAGCGAUGUUGCCAAUGUUAUGGACCCGCGCGUGCUGCCAGAUCCGCAGAAGCAGAAGGGCCUUUCAAAGGAAGAAGCCAGUAGGCUAGAUCCCAAAGCGCCAGAGGAAGCCUCCAAGCAGCACCAUUACGGCCGCGAUGCUGCCGUCGCGGGAGGUGCAGGAGCCGCAGGCUACGGAGCUUACGAAGCUGCAAAGUCCUAUGGCGAGCAUCCAAGCACGCAACCCGGCGCUUCUAUGGAUGAUCAGCGUUACGACCCUUCGGUCCAUGGUGCUCAUGAUCCCCGAUCAACUGCUGGAACAUCGACAUCUGCUACGUCACCCCAUGACCAACAACACCAUUACGGUCGUGAUGCCGCCGCCGUUGGUGGGCUUGGAGCUGCUGGUGCUGGAAUGCACGCUGCGAAUCGUGACCAUCAGCUGGAACACCAGCGUGCUGUGCCUGGAGGACUUAUGAUCCUGCUGCUUCUACUCAGCAAGCCGGAGCUCCCCAGGCUCAGCACCACUACGGUCGUGACGCCGCCGCUGUCGGUGGAGCUGGAGCCUUGGGUGCCGGAGCGUAUGCUGCCACUCGCGGGAAUGAUCAAGCCCAACACCCCCUCUGCUACCCAGGGUUACCAGCAGUCAUCCACGGCCCGAGGCCCUACUGCUGGUGUGUCCCCCCUGGACAACCAGCGCUACGAUCCAGCCACGUCUACCCAGCAAGCUAGUGCGCCCCAGAGCCAGCACCAUUAUGGGCGUGACGCCGCCGCGGUCGGAGGAGCUGGAGCUUUAGGCGCAGGAGCAUAUGCUGCCACUCGAGGACACGACGAUCACCAGCAAAAUCCUACGUCUGGAACGCACGGUCUGGAUAGCCAGCGUUACGAUCCUACCACGUCUGCCCCGCAAAGCGGUAUGCUUCAGGAUGCGUCCACUCAGCAAGCUGGUGCACCUCAAAGUCAGCACCACUACGGCCGCGAUGCCGCUGUUGUUGGAGGAGCAGGAGCCCUAGGAGCAGGAGCUUACGCCGCUACCCGCGACCGCUCCCACCCUCAAGCCCAGCAGCCCUCCGUCACCCAAGGCUACCAGCCUCAAGACGCCACCCAAGUUCCCCGCCCUCAAGAUCCGAAGGAGGACCACACAAAGCGCAACGCCGCCCUUGGCACCGCUGCUGGCGUAGGUGCAGCAGGUGCAGGCGCAUACGGCCUCUCCCAGCACGACGCUCAGAAGGAGCAAGAGCGCCAGCUUAAAGAGCAACAGAAAGCUUUCGACGACCAACAGAAGGCCUCGUCGCGGCGGAGGAGAAGAAACACACCAAGGAGGCGGAGCAUAAAAGAGAAGGAACAUGCCAAAGAGAUGGAAAAGCAACAGAAGGAGCACGACAAGCUGCUCGCUGCGAAGGAAAAGGAAGCGCAGAAGGAGCGUGAGGCCACGCCUGAAGAGGAGGGCAGCCCCAAGGAGAAGAAACACCGCUUCCUCACCUUCCUCAACAAGAAAGACAAAGACCGAACCGGUGACAGUGAUGAGAAUAGCCCUCGCGCCUCCCGCGAUUCUCCCCGCCAUUCCAAGGAAUACGCUGCUGGCGCUGCCGGCGUAGGAGCAGCAGGUGCCGGCGCCGCAGCCUACGAACACGAAGAAGGGAGACACCUAGCCGAGAAAAAAGGGCGUAACGUCCUGCACAAGGAACCGCCCGUAGGCCACCCAGCGCGCGAGGCAGAUCCGCACGUAGGAAAGCGCGAACACAUCGGCAUUGACGGGCCUAUCGGUGAUCCUAACCUCGUUUCUGGAGACCAGCAGACGAAGCCAGGUGUGUACGGUGCUCACCCAGCCAGCGAUGUUGCUGGAGGUCACCACACCGUGACAGAGCCGCAUACAGGUCUUCCCACGAAUGUGGAGAAGUACGGUGAUGGUCGCGGCGGAACGGAUGCAAGUGGUACUGUACCUGGAGUGCAUGAAGGAUCCGGCCAAGGCAGUGCCACGGACUGGGAUGCGAUCAAGAAGGGGGACACGGUGUACUAA